CCACCAGUGACCGUGGACUCUGAGGAUGGGAUAUUGUCCACGGCCGGAUCCUCGGACAUGUUAGCGGACGGGGAAGAUGAGGAAGGAGAAGAGGUGGACGAGGCAGUCGACAGCACUCACAACGCUGAUUUCCCCGACAGCCAGGAUCUCUUCAUCACCCUUACAGAGAUCCCCUACCAACCGUCCCCAGCCGUUACCCCGGACACAGAAUCUGGGGAAGGAUCAGCCACCCCAUCUGCGACUGUCUCACAACCUAGCCUGGCAUCACACUCCCAGAGGCUAGCGAGGAUUAGGCAUAGGAAGAAGAGGACACGGGAGGACAUGUUCUCAGAGCUUAUGGCCUGCUCCCGAGCCCAGGCAGCACAGCAGACCCAGUGGCGGGAGAACUUGUCCCAAAUGCAGCAAGCAAACAUGGAUCGGGAGGAGAGGUGGCGGCAGGAAGACCAGCAGGCGACUCAAACCCUGCUUGGACUACUGAGGGAGCAAACGGACACGCUCCGGCGCCUUGUGGAUGUUCUGCAGGAACGGAGGGUAAGGGGAAUAGAAACAAUAAGCAAAAAAAUGAGCAGCAAUGACAAAACUACGAAGUUAGAGCUGGCCAGGCUGGAAGCUGCAGAAAAAGAGAAAGAUCGCCAGUAUCAGACAUGGCAAGCAGAGAUGGGACUAAAAGAAACAGCUGCUGCAUUGGAAGCUGAAAAGCAAAACGAAAAAAAGAGAAUAAGUCGCCCACAAAAGAGCCAGGGAGGCUGA